UGUUACAAGAAAACGCUUCGAUCGGCGACAUUCGGCGCACAAGAAAAACGGCGCACCCCCGCUUGGCAGAUGGUUUGCUCCAUUUAAAGGGCCAGCAGCCGGCGACCCCACGCUUGUGAAGAGAGCGACUCGGGUUUUCUCGGGGUUCUGAGAUCCGCGGCGCAGUCCGGGGCGGUGAAGCAGCCUGUGUGCGCGCGCGUGUGCGUGUUUUAUUAAUUCUCCUGCGUCCUGCUGGGCUUUUUUUUCCUCCACACGCGCACAGGAAGACCGAGAGAUAUAUUUCAGGAGCGGAAAAGGAACAGAAACGGGACGAAUCGUGGAUUGUGGUGGUGUUUUUUCCCCCCCAGGAGGAGCUGCUGCGUGGAUCUAACUGUUGCACUUUGAACACAGACAUGAACUACUGAAAUCACCACAUAAAGUAAAUCUGUGAAAAGUUUGAGGGAAGGAGCUCCGUCUCAUCCCUCCUCUACAGAAGAAAAGCUUUGAAACCAUGAUGCUGAUGUGGCUCCUGACAUAUUUCGUCGUAUUGGGCAUAGGAAUGGUCGCUCCAUUCCCGAUGACCCCGACAGAGCAACCUCCGGAAAUGACCACCUUCCGAGUGAAGGACACGAGGUUGACUCACUUGACUGUCCACCGCAAGACCGGCGAAGUGUACGUAGGAGCUGUGAAUCACAUCUACAAGCUGUCUGGGAACCUGACCGAGCUCCGCUCACACCAGACUGGUCCAAUCGAGGACAACUCCAAAUGUUACCCACCACCCAGCGUCCGGGCGUGCGCCAACAAGUUGGAACUUUCCGAUAACAUCAACAAGCUACUGCUUAUAGACUAUGCUAGCAACCGGCUUGUCGCCUGUGGGACCAUCUGGCAGGGAGUGUGCCAGUUCCUUCGGCUGGGCGACUUGUUCAAGCUCGGUGAGCCUCACUUGCGCAAGGAACACUACCUUUCAGGAGCUCGGGAGGCAGAUGGCAUGGCUGGCGUAGUAGUGGGCGAUGAGGAGGAUCCAAAAAAGAAGAGAAAGAAGGGAGAUGGGCGCUUGUUCAUCGGUGCUGCCAUCGACGGCAAGUCCGAAUAUUUUCCAACGUUGUCCAGCCGCAAACUGGUGGAGGACGAGGAGAGCGCAAGCAUGUUCAGUUUGGCGUACCAGGAUGAGUUUGUCUCGUCGCAGAUCAAGAUUCCGUCAGACACGCUGUCUCUUUAUCCCGCCUUUGACAUCUACUACGUCUAUGGUUUUGCCAGUCGGACCUACAUCUACUUUCUCACCCUGCAACUCGACACUCAGCUCACGCAAAUGGACGCCACAGGGGAGAAAUUCUUUACCUCCAAGAUCGUCCGCAUGUGCUCCAAUGACACAGAGUUCUACUCGUACGUCGAGUUUCCGCUCGGCUGCACCAAGGACGGCGUGGAAUAUCGCCUGGUCCAGGCCGCGUACAAGCACCGUCCGGGCAAAGCGCUUGCCCAGGCUCUGGGACUGUCCGAGGAUGAGGACGUGCUCUUUGUGGUGUUCUCGCAAGGCCAGAAGAAUAGGGCAAAUCCACCUCGUGAGACUGUGCUGUGUCUGUUCACCCUCCAUCAGAUCAACUUGGCCAUGCGUGAGAGGAUCAAGUCUUGCUACCGUGGAGAGGGAACGCUGUCUCUGCCUUGGCUGCUCAAUAAGGAGAUUUUCUGCAUCCACACGCCGAAGCCUAUCGGUGACGAUUUCUGCGGCCUGGUCCUGAACCAACCUCUGGGGGGUCUGCGGGUCAUUGAGGGGACGCCGCUGUACGACGAGCGUACGGACGGCAUGGCCUCGGUCGCCGCGUACACCUACGGAGAUCACACGGUGGUGUUCGUCGGGACGCGUACGGGACAUCUUAAAAAGAUUCGAGUGGAUGGCGCGUCUCCGUCGGCCCAGAACGUGCUGCUGUACGAGACGGUCACGGUGGUGGAGGGAAGCCCGAUCCUGCGUGACAUGGUGUUCAGUCCGGAUUAUCAGUACACAUACUUGCUAAGUGACAAACAGGUGACUCGUCUCCCAGUGGAAAGCUGUUCUCAGUACAGGAGCUGUAAGAGCUGCCUAGGCUCCGGAGAUCCUCACUGUGGCUGGUGUGUCCUUCAUAACAAGUGCUCCAGGAAGGAAGCGUGUGAGAAAUGGGAGCUUCCUCAGCACUUCAGUACGGAGCUGAAGCAGUGCGUGGACAUCACCGUCACACCCGCCAACAUGUCCGUCACCUCGGCGUCCACUCAGCUGAGUGUGCGGUUGGCACAUGUGCCGAACCUUUCGGCAGGUGUGACCUGUGUGUUCGAGGACCUGAGCGAGAGCCCCGGAGAGGUGCUGCCUAAAGGACAGAUCCUGUGCAUGUCUCCGUCACUGCGAGACGUCCCGACGCUCACGCACGGAUACGGUGACAAACGAGUGGUUCGACUGUCGCUCAAGUCCAAAGAGACCGGGCUCAAGUUUAUCACCACAGAUUUUGUCUUCUAUAACUGCAGCGUCCUGCAAUCUUGUUCGUCGUGUGUAAGCAGCCCUUUUCCAUGCAACUGGUGUAAAUAUCGACACAUCUGUACCAACAAUGUGGCCGAGUGCUCCUUCCAGGAGGGUCGAGUCAGCAUUGUCGAGGGUUGCCCCCAAAUCUUACACAGCACAGACAUCUUGGUUCCGGCGGGGGUCGUCAGACCGAUCACUCUGCGAGCUCGGAACCUACCGCAGCCCCAAUCGGGCCAAAAGAAUUACGAAUGCGUGUUCAGCAUCCAGGGAAAGAUUCAGCGCGUCCCAGCCGUCCGGUUCAACAGCUCCUGCAUACAGUGCCAGAACACAUCGUACUGGUAUGAAGGUAAUGAGAUGGGCGACCUUCCUGUGGAUUUCUCCAUCGUCUGGGACGGAGAUUUUCCCAUUGACAAGCCCCCGGCUCUGAGAGCUCUCCUGUAUAAGUGUGAGGCUCAGAGGGACAGCUGUGGUUUGUGUCUGAAGGCGAACAGCAUGUUUGAGUGCGGCUGGUGUUUGGCAGAUAAGCGCUGCCUCCUGAAGCAGCACUGCCCUUCGGCCGAACACAACUGGAUGCACCAGGGCCGUCGUAACGUGCGAUGUAGCCAUCCCCGAAUCACCAAGAUCCAGCCCUUGACUGGUCCUAAGGAGGGGGGUACGAGGGUGACGAUCGAGGGAGAAAACCUGGGGCUGCAGGUGAGAGAGAUCACACACGUACGUGUGGCUGGAGUUCGCUGCAACGCUGUGGCACAGGAGUACAUCAGCGCUGAGAGGAUCGUGUGUGACAUGGAUGAGUCCCUCAUGGCGAGUCCCCCUGGUGGUCCGGUGGAGCUGUGUAUCGGAGACUGCAGCGCUGAUUAUCGCACCCAGUCGUCUCAGACCUACGCUUUCGUAACACCCAGCUUCGGUCGUGUGCAGCCGGAUAAAGGGCCUGUGUCCGGCGGGACCAGACUGACCAUUUCCGGCCGGCAUCUGGAUGCAGGAAGCGCGGUGACCGUGUUCCUGUCUCUGGAGACGUGCGAGUUUGUCAGACGGACGAUGCAUGAGAUCGUGUGUGUGACUCCGGCCUCGGCUCAGGGUUCGGGAGCCUCGUCCAUAAAGCUGUUCAUCGACAAAGCUGAGAUCAGCAGCGACAUGCGUUACAUCUACACCGAGGAUCCCACCAUCCUCAACAUUGAACCCAGCUGGAGCAUUAUCAACGGCAGCACGUCCCUGACCGUGACUGGAACCCACCUGCUCACCAUCCAGGAGCCAAAAGUCAGGGCCAAAUACGGCGGAGUGGAGACCACGAACGUGUGUACGGUGGUGAACGACUCCACCAUGACCUGCCUCGCACCUCCCAUUGUCUACACGAAGCGUCAGGCACCCGACACCGGCCUUCAUCCGGACGAGUUUGGCUUCAUCCUGGACCGCGUGUCCUCCGUUCUCAACCUCAACGCCACUCCUUUUACGUAUUAUCCCAACCCGACCUUCGACCCGCUCGGGAAUGCUGGGAUACUUGAGGUCAAACCCGGAUCUCCUAUAAUCCUAAAGGGUAAAAAUUUGAUUCCUCCCGCCCCGGGGAACGCCCGCCUGAAUUACUCGGUAAUGAUUGGAGAAACGCAGUGUCUGUUAACCGUGUCGGAGUCUCAGCUGCUCUGUGAUUCGCCAGACCUGACCGGAGAACACCGCGUUUUGAUUCUGGUGGGCGGUUUAGAGUACUCCCCCGGGACGCUCCACAUCUACUCGGACAGCACACUGACCCUUCCUGCUAUCAUCGGGAUCGGAGCAGGCGGAGGCGUCCUCCUCAUAGCCAUCAUCGCCGUCCUCAUCGCCUACAAGAGGAAGACAAGGGACGCAGAUCGAACGCUCAAACGCCUGCAGCUCCAGAUGGACAACCUGGAGUCUCGGGUAGCGUUGGAGUGCAAGGAAGCGUUCGCCGAACUGCAGACAGACAUCCAGGAGCUCACCAAUGACAUGGAUGGUGUGAAGAUCCCUUUCCUGGAGUAUCGUACCUACACGAUGAGGGUGAUGUUUCCUGGCAUUGAGGAGCACCCGGUACUGAAGGAGCUGGAUUCUCCAGCUAACGUUGAGAAGGCCUUGCGUCUCUUCAGCCAGCUCCUCCACAACAAGAUGUUCCUGUUGAUGUUCAUCCAUACGCUGGAAGCCCAGAGGUCUUUCUCCAUGCGGGACCGAGGCAACGUGGCAUCUCUUCUCAUGGCGGCGCUGCAGGGUAGGAUGGAAUACGCCACCGUGGUGCUCAAGCAGCUUCUGGCUGACCUCAUUGAGAAGAACCUGGAGAACCGUAACCAUCCAAAGCUGCUCCUGCGACGAACGGAAUCCGUGGCUGAGAAGAUGCUCACCAACUGGUUCACGUUCCUUCUGCAUCGCUUCCUCAAGGAGUGUGCAGGAGAGCCUUUAUUCAUGCUGUACUGCGCUAUAAAGCAGCAGAUGGAGAAAGGGCCGAUCGACGCCAUCACCGGCGAGGCGCGCUACUCGCUCAGCGAGGACAAGCUCAUCCGACAGCAAAUCGACUACAAGCAGCUGACCCUGAUGUGCAUUCCUCCAGAGGGAGACGCAGGUACUGAGGUCCCAGUGAAGGUCCUGAACUGUGAUACAGUGACUCAGGUGAAGGACAAGCUGCUGGACGCGGUGUAUAAAGGGAUCCCAUACUCGCAGAGACCACAAGCCGAUGACAUGGACCUCGAAUGGAGACAGGGCCGGCUCACGAGAAUCAUCCUUCAAGACGAGGACGUCACCACGAAGAUCGAGAGCGACUGGAAACGAUUGAACACUCUGGCGCAUUACCAGGUGACAGAUGGCUCAGUGGUGGCUCUGGUUCAGAAACAAGUGUCUGCCUACAACAUCGCCAACUCUUUCACAUUUACGCGCUCGCUCAGUCGAUACGAGAGCUUGCUCAGGACUUCCAGCAGUCCGGAUAGCCUGCGUUCUCGAGCACCGAUGAUCACCCCUGACCAGGAGACUGGAACCAAACUGUGGCACCUGGUAAAAAACCACGAGCACGCAGACCAGCGUGAAGGAGACCGCAGCAGCAAGAUGGUGUCUGAGAUUUACCUCACGCGCCUUCUGGCCACCAAGGGCACGCUGCAGAAGUUUGUGGAUGAUUUGUUCGAGACGGUGUUCAGUACGGCUCACCGUGGCAGCGCCCUCCCUCUGGCCAUUAAGUACAUGUUCGACUUUCUGGAUGAGCAGGCAGACAAGAGACAGAUCAGUGACCCAGAUGUGCGUCACACCUGGAAGAGCAACUGUUUGCCUUUAAGGUUCUGGGUGAACGUCAUCAAGAAUCCGCAGUUUGUAUUCGAUAUCCAUAAGAGCAGUAUCACGGAUGCGUGCUUGUCGGUGGUGGCUCAGACCUUCAUGGACUCUUGCUCAACGUCAGAACACCGUCUAGGCAAAGACUCGCCGUCCAACAAGCUGCUUUACGCUAAAGACAUCCCCAAUUACAAGAGCUGGGUGGAGAGGUACUACAGAGACAUCAGCAAGAUGCCGAGUAUCAGCGAUCAAGACAUGGACGCCUAUCUGGUGGAGCAGUCCCGUCUCCAUGGCAGCGAGUUCAACACACUGAGCGCGCUCAAUGAGCUCUAUUUUUACAUCAACAAGUACAAAGAGGAGAUCCUGACGGCACUGGACAGAGACGGGUACUGCCGCAAACACAAACUGAGACACAAACUGGAACAAGCCAUUAACCUGAUGUCUGGCAGCAGCUGAUGGUGCAGGAGGAGAAGAAGGGAAGAGGAACGAAGAGGAGGGAGUUAUAAAGGGAGUGGAGGGAUGAAGACAGAAGGGGGUCGGCUGGAAGCCUCGGAGGAACUGACCGGUACUGAAACGUCCAUAGCUUGUGAUGGGACGAGGAGAACCUGAAGCGAAACACACUGGACAAUCAACACUCAAGCAACCACAGCACACGGACACCCAAUAUUUCACUCUUUACUGUGGACCAGAACCUGCACAGCCAAAACCCCGUCACUUCUCCUCUCCAUAUCAAUCUCUCACUCUUUUUCUCUCUUUCUGUCUCAAUCUCUUAAUCUCAAGAUUUCAUUUUCCUCUUUCCGCUCUUCUCUCUUUGGGCUCCGUCUUUCUGCUUCUCCUCCUUAUCGGCGUCUAUCCCUCGUUCUUUUACCGUCUCAUGCAAUGGCAAACUGCCAAAAAAGAAAACAAAACUUUUGGAAUCGGACAACUGUGGAUCACUAAGAUACAUUCCAAUAAGAAAAGGCGCUACGUGUGCCGUUGCCGUGGAAACCGCGCCGAAUCGUAAAAGCCAGUGCCAUGAUCGCGAGGGAUGAGUGUGUGUGUGUGUGUGUGUGUGUGUGUGUGUGUGUGUGUGUGUGUGUGUCGAAAAAUGCCGAACGCAAAACGAUGCAAUUUAAAACAUUUGUAAGCUUUCGAGGGUCUGAGGGAAUCUCCGCAAAUUGGAAGGAAUCCCUCACCACGUUUUCUUCGUGUGUCAAAAAUCGCCAUAGACCAACAGAAAAAAAAAAAAAAAGAGCCUUUUCUCUCUCUUUCUGUUUCUCGUCUUUCGUGAAUCCGGGGCCAAACGGACCUGAGCGGUGCGAAUCAGCGUCCUUCAGAGCUUGCCUUUCUGUUACGUCUGGACUUAUCCCUGAACACCCUUACCCCCCAACCCCUCGUCUCGACCGUGGUUACCCUCGAGACGGAUACUUCUGCUCUGACGGCGUUUUUUACCCGUUAUGUUCUAACCCCCGUACUCCUUUACCCCUUCACCCCCCCUUACUUGAUCCUUGUUUCCUUCAAUUCUUUUUUUUUUUUGUAUGAUACCACUGUGUUACUGUGAGGGUUGGAGUGUUUAAACUCAGAUCUUGUGCUUCUUCUCUGACGGGAGAGGGUUUUUUUAAUAACAGGCAUCCUGCCGUAAUAGAUCCAUCCAUCCGAGAGCAAUAAGUCGAGUUAAAAAACGGAAGCCAUGAGUUGAAAUUUCAGCGUCCCGUUUCCAUACCACGCAAAUUAUUUAUGCAUUUUGUCUGUAAUCGUCAGCGAUUUGCAGAAUUCGAAGUGUAAAUUGUGUAACCGUAGCAACCAAACACAACCGGGAAACGAAAACAAAAUUCUUCUUCAUUAUUUCAUCGAUUUUAAAAGGCAAUCGACUUGAAAAUUCUUGAACUUACGAAACGUUAUACUCCGAAUCCGUAAUCAAUCCUGCGCCAACGUCGUUCGAUUUUCCCCCCACUUUAGCGUCUCUGGUACUCUAGAAAGCAUUCGGAAAUGGAGGCGUGGCUAAACAGCGUCAGCUUUUUUUUCAUAUGUGGCUCCACCCUUAAUUAAUAAUGGGGUAUUUAUUCUAAUUUAUUGAGUUAUUUAUUAACGCAGGAACGUUCGAUACGCUAUUAAGGUGUACAGUAUUAGCGAUCCGGCGUAUCGUUUCCUCCGCUCUACCGACGUUCGAGACGUGUAAACUCUCCGUGUGGAUUUAUGCAGCUGCGUCAUUUUAAUUAUAUAGCGUAAUGUAUAUUUUGAAGGUUAAGAAAGGUCAAAUGAGAUCCAUGCGCAAGUUUGGGAUUUGGAGCGUAGGAAGAUGGACGCAAGGUUUAUUGAUGAUGAUUUCUUUCAGAUUGUGAACGAAUAAUCCGCAUAAAUUUGCAUGAAUUACCGAGUUUAUGAAUCCUCCAAUGCUUUUUUUUUUAGCGUUCCUGCAUCUCACAGAUAAAGCAUUUCUUUUUUAUAAUCUUGGUGCUUCAUUACACAAAACACCAGAAACCAGUGCGAAACGCAUUUCAGCCCAAUCGUACGCUGUAUGGCCAAAAGUUUGUGGACACCUGAACAUUCUAUUCCACAUUUAGUCCCCAUUCGCUGUUAUAACAACCUUCACUCUUCUGCACAGCUGUUCCACAAGAGUUUGGAGUUUGUUUAUGGAGUUUUUUGCUCAGCAGAGGUGUUUGUAAUGAUGUGGGUUGAGGUCGGAGCUCUAUAGCAGGAAAUCUUCCACCAUAUCCAACCCAUGGAAAGCAUAUCUUGUGCUGGAACUAGUAUUAAUUUCACUUAAUAUAUACCUUUUUAUGUGUAUAUUUCUUAAAAAAAAUUUUAUUCAAAUAAUUUUUUUAUUUACUUUAAUCUUUGAUCUUUUAAUGCGAGCAACUGCAACCGAACAAUUUCCCAAUCGGAUCGAUAAAUGAUUCUGAUUACUGCAUUAUUUAAACUCAUCCUGUAAAAUUCUGUGCAAAAGUCCCAAUACUUUUGGCCGUACCGUUUAUUUCUGAAAGUAAAGCAAAAACUUUAUAAAACGUCCCUCGUUUUGCUAGAAAUCGGGUCGGUUUGGAACUUCGCGUCGUCUGGGCGAGGUGUUUGUACCAGAAUGUGGAGCUCAUUAGAAUUUAAAAAGCCCUGAUAACGAAAUCGUUUCCUUUUUUAAACGCGUUUCAUGUUUUUCCUUCUUGGGGCGAAAGGAAGAGAAGAAGAAGAGGAGGAGAAAUCGGGGGUGGGGGAGGGGGCGGUGGGGGUGAUGGGGGUGGCGGCUCGUGUGGAAUCCGCGAGCGACUUCGCAUGCGCGAGUUCUCGGGUCAGCAGAAGAGAAACCACUCAGUAAAAUUAAAACCAAUCAUAAAUCUACACCAAAAAAAGAAAUAUAUAGAAAUAAAUAUAUCUAUACGUCACGAUCAGUUUGAUUGACCAGAUCUCAAGGUUUACAUCCGAAUUCCUGAACUGUGAGUAAAAGCCAAACGUACUGUCGGGAAGGUUCUCCUUCUCCGUAUAUACGCACUGCCUGUAAGACUAACGGCCAUCAGGGCGAUCGAUUUUACGUUCGUUUUUCUCUCGUUUUUUUUUUUUUUCCUCUGUUUGUCGUCUUAGAGAGAGAGUUCCUCGUUACGUUCUCCUCUAGCCAUACGAACCGAAACGUCGUCUCUAUCGGGGUUUUAUUUGCAGCACAGCCGUUCUAACAUGCUUCAGUGUGUAAAGUGUGUGUGUGUGUGGCGGGGGGGACAAACAAAAAACAAACAAACAAACAAAAAACGCAUACUAUUACAAGCACCUGUACUCGUGAGGAAGAAAGGAACGAGUGUGUGAGCAAAUGAAUGAGUGAUGUGGGAAAUAGUGUUUUUUCUGUAGUAUCACUAGAAGAAAAUGUCUGUUUUUUGAUCCAUUACUACAUUUCGGUCAGUGUUCUAGUUCUAAAAGAUGUUUAAAAAAAAAAAAAAAAAAAAACACGCGUUUCUGUCUGAAAUUACUUGAUUCUAAUUUAUUUGUCGUUUUUUUUUUUUUUUUUUUUUUCGUCCGUUUCUCCCAAAUGUUCUAAUCAAUGAUAUCGUCGAGACUUGUUUACAGUUUCUAAAGAUUAAAAGUAGUUUAUUAACAUUAACGAUGCGUCUGGAGAGGAAGUGGUUAUGUGUCUGGCUGAUUGACUGAAGAAUGAAUGACUGCUUUGCCAAGUCCUUAAUUCUAUAUAAAUAUAUAAAUAUAUUUUGUAUAAUUAUUGGUUCCGAACUGUUUAUUUUAAAUUAUUCCUUUUUUUUUUUUUUUUUUCGUCUUGCAUUUUAUUUUUUUUAUUUUAAGUCGGUUCACAGGAAAUUGUAGGAAUGAGUCUGUUCAAACGCUGGCUGCAAUGAAGUGUUUUUGUAUAUAUUUGCACUUUUUUUUACUCGACGCGCAACGGUUUUUGAAAAGCUCGGACUCUUGACGACAUUCAAACGACAAGCAUGGUGUUCUCUUUUUUUUUUUUUUUUUCUCCUGUUUUACUAAUUAUUAAAAAAAAAAGAUAUGUGGAUGAUGCUGUAUAUUUCUUGAAUGUUUCUUUGUAUAUGUUUGUCAUCUGCAAGGACUAUUUUCUCUCAACAGAUUGAUGUUUUCAUUUAAAUAAAGACAAGUGGCUCAGUGAAACAAAAA